AUGGCACUCGCCCAUGAGAUUGGAUCCCUCCUCCAGACCCUCCCCCGUGGGAGGCGUCUGCUGGUCUCAGAAGAGGACCCCGUCAACGCCUACUUUGACCUGGCAGCCUACUACGGCGACGGCUCCGAUGACGCCGGCUCCCGCUCCGAGUCGUCCUCCGUGCUGACCCCGGGCCCUGCCUACGACACGGCCACCUCGCCCUCCGUCAUCUCCGACUCCUAUGACAUGGACAUUGACCCCGAGGAGCCCCAUCAGCAGCAGGCCGUGGUCCAGGGGACGACCCAGAAGACCCUCGCCGACGCCCGCCGCCACGACGGGCACCUCAUCUGGCCCCAGGCCGACCCCUCGCAGGACCUGCCCCGGCACUCGACCCUGAGCCUGUCCGGCCGCAAGAAGAGGAGCCGUCGCCCGAGCAGCCCUGCCGCCCGCCACGUCAAGAACCCAGCCGAGACGGCCCGCGUGCGCAAGCUCGGCGCCUGCAUCAAGUGCCGUAUCGAGAAACUCAAGUGCUCCGACGAGACGGUGUGCGUCUCCUGCCAGGGCAAGUACGGCGUUCCCCUGUGCCAGAGGACCUGUCUGCGCAAGACGCUUUCCGAUCUCGCCAAGCACACAACCUUUGUGCGGUACACCGGCCUGAGGUACAACCAGGAGCAGGCCCUCCUGAGGACCAAGUGUGCCCCGGGCGAAGGCUUCAGGGAAGUGUUCCUCAGCUUCUCGGACAUCGAUCUGCAGUCGCCCACCCUCAAGACUGUCUUCCGCAAGUGUCACAGCCUGAGCAACGGCGCCGAGGUCAUUGCCUUUCCCCGGGACCGCGUGCCGCUCCACAGCCAGCUCGUGGAGUGGGUCGAGCACCAGAUCCUCGCCGAGCGCCACGCCGGCCGGCACUAUGGCUUCGAGGCCACCAUCGAUACCUUUAUCUUGAAGUACAUCAAGGCCGGCACCAGCCGCACGGCGCUGCCGCAGAUCCGUCUCAUCCGCAAGAUCCACGAGAUGAGGUGCAUGUAUCGUAUUUGGAGGGUCGACACCCUGUACUGGCGUCAUGCUCAGACUUCUCACCACAGCCCUCUGCCCCCUUUCAUCCACGCCGAGCUGCGCCAGAUUGUCAAGUCAGCCCUCGAGUCCUGCGAGCGCGACAUUUUCAACGAGCUCGACAAGUUUCUCAAGCCGUCCGGCAUCCCGGCCAAGGACAGGGCGCCCAUGUGGGCCGCUCUGUGGCAGCUCAUUUUCACCUUCAAGGACCUCACCCAGACUUUCAAGGAAGCUGGAAGGCUCGCCAAUGCGGCAACCGAGCAGCUCUACGUUGCCAUCAUGUCAUUUUACGGCAGCCACUACCGCCAAGCAAGCAACCUCAAAGUCAGCAUUCAGUGCCUUGACUCGACUCACAUGCCAUCGUCGACGCUGAGGCACGAGGUGGGCGAUAUCUUCCAGCAUGCUCGUCAUGAGCGCGGGGCUUUCCACGAAUACAUCCAGACUUCGCCCAAUGAGCUAGACAGGCUUCUCAAGACCCUGGUCGUUGACCUUGAAGUCAAGCGCCUCGGCAAUCGACGCGGAAGGGGACGAGCCCCUGUCGAAAUGGUGCUGAUUCCCAGCCCCGACCUCUACCCAGGCAGUGACGACGAGGACGAUAUGGAGAUGGCAGGUUGA